AUGCGUCCACUAAGCAUAGUGGAGGAUGAGGGUUUUAAAGCUAUGGUUUCAACCUUCAAUCCCAAGUAUGAGCUUCCAUCAAGGACUUUCUUCACAAAACAGAUGGAGAAAAAGUAUGACUUCAUCAAAGCAAAGAUGACACAGGCUCUACGAGAGACAGACAACCUUGCACUCACUACCGAUAUUUGGACAAGCAUCUCAACAGAGGCUUAUAUCGGGGUGACAUGCCACUACAUUGGGAAGAACUGGAACAUGGUGUCCCACUCUCUGACGACGAUGCCCCUUGAAGAGAGACACACGGCUUCAAAUAUUGCAGAGUGGAUUGAGGAGGUGAUUGCCAAAUUUGACAUUCCAGCCAAGAAAAUAAAGGCUGUCGUACACGACAACGCUGCCAACGUUAUAGCAGCAGCAAAGAUAUUGGAAGACAGGAAUGGAUGGGCAUCAGUGAGAUGCGCAGGGCACACCCUCAACUUGGUUGUGCAAAGCUCACUGAAAUUCCACCAGGGUAUCUCCAAGUGUAUUGCUGCUGCGAGAAGCCUUGUUGAACACUUUAAAAAGAGUGAGCUGGCAUGCACCAAGCUGAAGGACAAGCAAAAACAAAUGGGUUGCAAGGGAUAUAUGCUUGUGCAAGAUGUCGCCACACGCUGGAACAGCACAUGUGCCAUGUUGUCCAGGCUACAAGAACAGAGAUGGCCAGUGACUGCCACACUCUCUGACCCAGCAGUGACCCAGAGAGGGAAACAUUAUCUGGAUCUCAAACCUGACCAGUGGAAUCUGAUUGAGGAGCUGAACCAGAUUCUUGAGCCUUUUGAAUCAGCCACAGUGUUUCUGAGUGGACAACAAUAUGUCACACUCUCUGCACUUCCACAUCUUGUGCACAAGCUUAAAAAGAACAUACAGAGUCCAGAACUUGAGACUUCACCUGCGAGUUCAUUCCAGACUCAUGCAACAGAACAGAUCAAAGAAAGAUGGCAAGGACUACUCCAGAUUAUUUCUGGACCUCCAAACAUCACCCUCCUUGCUGCUGCUUUGGAUCCCAGGUUUCGAAAACUGAAGUUCUUGGCUGCUGAGGAAGUUGUCAAAGUCCAAAGCGCAGUACAAACCAUGGCACUUGCAGCCAAACAGCAAGUGAGAAAGCCCACUGCAAGUAAACAGACAGACAGCACAGCAAAGGACUCCCCAAUCUCACCAACAGCACAUGGAAGGACUACAUCAUUCCUUGACUCAGACUCCACCACCAGUGACGAAGAACAAGAUGAGGAGCAGCAGUUACUCCAAGCUGUACAUCAGGAGGUCCUCAUGUAUUUUGGAGAACAUCCCCUUUCCAAGAAGGAAAAUCCACUGACUUGGUGGGAGAAGAAUGCAGCACGCUAUCCAACAGUGGCAGAGCUGGCAAGGUCCCUGCUGUCUAUUCCAGCUACAUCAACACCAUCAGAGCGUCUGUUUUCAGCUGCAGCUCCUCUUGAUGUGGGCGGCUCCGUCCUUGAAGGAGUUGAGCAGUACAUGGCCGAGCUGACCAGUCAAUUAUGA